AUGGAGAAUGAAUCUACAAUAAAUAAAUCUUUAGCUAGCCAAGAUCAUACAAAAAAUGGUCAAAGAUCUCUUCAACUAAUAUUGAAUGAGUAUAAGAAAUUAUUAGCCUCUAAAUUAGAAUCAUUUGGUAACUGCCAUAUCGAGGUUGCUGUUAUUUAUGACAAGAUUGGGCAUAUUUAUUACCAUCAAUCGCAGUUCGAUGAUGGCCUUUGUAUGUAUCAUAAGUCAUUAGACAUUAAAUUAAUUAUAUUGGAGAAUAAUCAUUUAGAUGUAGCAAUAACUUGUGAUCAUAUAGGACGUAUCUAUUAUCAUCAGUCCAAAUAUCAUCGAGCCUUAUCCAUGUUUGAAAGAUCGCUAAAUAUUAAGUUACAGCUAUUAGGCAAUUACCACGAUAUCGAUAUUGCCAUUUCCUAUCGAAAUAUUGGUAACGUCUACUAUGACUUGGCCAAAUAUAAGGAUGCUUUAACAACGUAUGAGAAAUCAUUGCAUAUCUAUUCGAAAUUGCUAGGAAAUCAACAUUUAGAUGUAGCUAUCCUUUACAAUAACAUGGGAAAUAUCCACUACCAACAAUGUAAUUAUCAAUUUGCACUAUCAAUGUAUCAGAAAUUUCAACGUAUAGCACUGAAACUGUUAGGAAAGGAUAACCUACUGAUAGCAACAUCUUAUAAUAAUAUUGGUAGCAUUUAUUUUGAUGAAUUGAAAUAUCAAAAAGCGCUUGCCAUGUAUGAGAAAGCAUUGGAGAGCCGAAUCAAAAUAUUGGGUCUACAUCAUUUAGAUGUUGCUAAUUCGUAUAAUAACAUUGGUAAUGUCUACUUUAAGCAGAAUAAAUACAAUCUUGCUAUCGUUAUGUAUCAAAAUUGUCUGGAUAUUACAUUAAAAUUAGUUGGAGCAAAUCAUUACGAUGUUGCCGUUUGCUAUAAUAAUUUGGGUAGUAUUUUUUCACAUCAAGCCAAGUAUGAUGAAGCUUUAUCCAAGUAUCAAAAAGCUCUAGCUAUCACUGUACAACUAUUUGGAGUUCAUCAUUCCUUGGUCACAACUAUUUACGAUAAUAUUGCUCAAAUCUAUCAAAAACAACACAACUAUCAAAUGGUUAAAGCGAUCAAACAAAUUUCAUCUAGGAUUCGAAGUAAAGCUCGACAUCAGCAAAUUACGUAUACACAGUCUACAAGUAAAGGAAGGAAGGAAUUGCUUACGCAACCAGAAUGGCAAACGGAACCUGCAGAUUUAUUAAUAGAGUCAGUCUCUGGACAGGAAAGGAAAGAUCGCAAUGCGCAAAAUUUAGCUCAUAGCACUGGUCAGUCAUGGCGUAAAUUUUCCAUGACCACAAUAACUGAAGAAGUAGCAGAAAAAGAGAUCGCAUUUGAUGGCUAUCCACAAGUAUCGAAAAUUUGUCGAAGUGGUCAAAACCAAGUUAUGACUUUAUCUCAAGUGCCUGGAUUAAGGCUACAGCUAAAUUCUCCGUCAAUGACGGACAAUACUUUAAUAACAAUGACUGUCUACUACGCAGAUCCACCGUACAUGCUUGAUUUACUAACUCAGUAUGAGAAUAAUCAUGUAGGCUACCAAUUAAUUCCCUUAUCCCCCGUUGUAAGACUAGAACCAGACUAUUGUCAAUUAGAAUCAAAUGGAAAUAAUCCCGUAUUACUUCAGGUACCUAUUGCUAAUACUAGUGAAUUAUGUAAACUCCUUCAGCUUGAUGAUAUUAACCAAAUCCCUAUCAGAAUUGUUUGUCUAAAUGAUAAAGGAAGCAAGUGCAAAAUGGAAAAGAUUAAAUAUAAUUAUAAAUUGGAUAAAGAUGGUCGUCACUGCUUGGUAUUUGCAAUCAAUCACUUAUGCGAUUAUGUUGUUUAUUCAUAUAUUCGAUCAAGCAUGCAAUUUGUUUCUAAGCGACUAUAUCCAACUUAUCAGCAGCAAGUUAAAGUAUUAGCUUAUCUAUCUGAAAUUCAUAGUAGUAAGCAUACUACUCACUUAAAACUGAUAUUAGCGAGAAUAAAUGCUGAUGAGAGAGCUAUUGCAGAUCAAGUCCGAACCAAAUUAAAAGUGACUCAACUUGCCGCGUCGGGCCUUGAACAAGUUAUAUUAGAAAAUGGUCCAUACCAAAUCGAAUUUAGGAAAAUGGAUUUAGAAUGCCUAAAUCAAGAUACUGCCAUGCAAAUCAUCUCUAUUGAUUGGAAUCAGAAAGAUUAUUAUCACCUUGAUUUCGAUUGCAAGUUUAUCAAUCCACAUAUGCCUUGGUUUAAUAUUGCUCGGAUCUUUUUGCUACCUAUAGGUCAACAGCAUGGUCUCGAUAUGAAAUGUUGCUUCCUCAGCAAAACUGGUUGUGGAUAG